GGAAUCGAAGGAAAAGGGCGGAGGAGAGGGAGCCACCGGGGGGGCUUGAGAAAAUGAUAAACCAUCGUGACUUAGCAGCAAGACAGUUUAUUACAUGUAACGUCAAUAUCGCAGGACUUUACAGACACUUGGAAGCUAGUUUGUGGACGGCGAACCGCUCGCGGACAUAAGGUGACAGCCCGUUUGCACAGGUUAUAGUUCCAGGAGGAAGGCAGCGGAGCGCCCGUCCUUCAGAAGAGUUCGGCUGACAGGUCAGGCAAGGGGGCAGGUGACGGGGAGCUGCAGGGGCCAUGCGUCAGGGGUGAGGGGCAAUAGCCGCGGGGGACACACACAGCGACGGGUGAGGAGGGGGUCGGGGCCGGUCGGUGUGGACAUGAAGCUCAAACAGCGCAUGGUGGUGCUGUGUGCCGUGCUCCUCCUGCUGGGCCUGGCCAAGAUCUUCCUGCUGGAUGGAGGCGAGGGCUCCGCAGCCAGCCGACGGGACCUCAGGGCGUUUCGCAAGAUGGAAGCAGGCCUCUCUCUGUCCCGGGGGGCUCGCCUCACCCACACCCUCCAGUCUCCGUGGGAGAUAGCGAGCCAGUGGGUGGGCCCGAGAGAGGUGUACCCUGAGGAGACCCCAGAGCUGGCUGCUGUGCUCACCUCCCUCAGCACUGCCAGGAUAGAGCGGGCAGACGUGGGCUAUAAGGGCACGCAGCUCAAAGCUCUGCUGGUGCUCGACGGUGGACAGAAAGUGGUCUUCAAACCCAAGAGAUAUAACCGAGACUACGUGGUUGAAGGCGAGCCAUACGCAGGUUAUGAUAGACACAAUGCGGAGGUGGCUGCUUUUCACCUGGACAGGAUCCUGGGGUUCAGGAGAGCACCUCUGGUGGUCGGAAGAUAUGUCAACCUGCGAACAGAGAUCAAACCUGUGGCCACAGACCAGCUGCUGAGCACCUUCCUCAUGCAGGGUAACAAUACGUGUUUCUACGGAAAGUGUUAUUACUGUCGGGAGAGCGAGCCAGCGUGUGCAGAGGGAGAGAUAAUGGAGGGGUCUUUAACUCUUUGGCUGCCAGACGUCUGGCCGCUGCAGAAACACAGACACCCCUGGGGACGCACCUACAGAGAGGGGAAACUGGCCAGAUGGGAGUACGACGAGAGUUACUGCGAUGCGGUGAAGAAAAUGCCUCCGUAUGACGCGGGGCCGAGGCUGCUGGACGUCAUCGACACGGCCAUAUUUGAUUAUCUCAUUGGGAACGCUGAUCGGCAUCACUAUGAGAGUUUCCAGGAUGACGGCGGCGCCAGCAUGCUCAUCCUGCUCGACAACGCAAAGAGCUUCGGAAACGCAGCUCUGGAUGAGCGGAGUAUCCUCGCACCCCUCUAUCAGUGCUGCAUGGUUCGAGUGUCCACAUGGAACAGGUUGAACCUGCUGAGAAGCGGAGCUCUGAGUUCAGCUAUGCGGCAGGCGCUGGGAUUCGACCCCAUCCACCCGGUCCUGGCCGAGCCACACCUCGCAGCCCUGGACAGGCGUCUGUCUGGAGUCAUAGCAACUGUCAAGCAGUGUAUGGAGUCACAAGGCCCCGACAACACGCUAAUAGAGGACCGAAUGAACCUCCCACAUCCCUAGAAACAAGGGACAGGAGAAAACAGGAACAGCCAGGACUUAACUUUCCGAGCCUGGAGAAGAGGAAGUGGAUGAGCCCUGUUGUUAAAGAAGGAGAUGCAGAGUGAGUAACCGGAUCGACAGGGUGGAGCAAAGACCUUGUCCUUUUCCUUGUUUGUCACUCUGAUAAGACCGGAGUAGUUCACUAAAAGGAAUCACUGGAUUCAGAGUGGUACCAUCUUAAACUAUAUAAACUUCUCAGGACUGUUGUACACUAUAGGACAGUAUCUGCUGUAAGAACCCCUCCAUCUACUACUACUGGUUGUGUCGACGCGCCCGCCUUGUGCCAUGUUCUCCCUCCCGGUCCAGCUUUUCCUUCGGACUCCGAGGAAGGAUGUGGCUCGGAGAGGGGUAGACACUCAAAGGAGGAAGAAGGGAAGGUGAAAAUGAGCCAUCAACGCCUCAAUGAAGAACGCUGUGCUUGGGGAUGUUUGAAGCUUUCAGUCCCAAGAAACUGAAAAGUAGAUCCCCAUUGAAGUGACAGGACGAUAGAUCCAUUUCAGAACUGAUGUUUUUUUUUUUCUUUCUUGAACUAAAAUUGAACUUUUACCGGAAGGAAAAGAGAAUGAAGUCAGCCCUACGCCAUCACCGUGUACAUAUUUAACUAAGUAGUGACAUAGUGUUACGAGGCGAAAGAAUAUACAUUUGUGGAUUAUAAUAUUAAAUAAACUAAAGGGUGCGUGGGCGCGUGUACGGAAGAGUGCCAUAUUGUGCCGUAAAUAAGAAAUCUACUGACAUGACAGACUUGAAGUGAGGGUACGAAGAGGUCAGGUGUGUGGGUUCAUCUUCAGCAUUAAACUAUGAUCUAUUUAA